AAAAGUAGUAUAAAAACAAAGCAGAAAAUGAAAGAGUGAAGCAAGCAAAUAUAAGUCAAAUUUGUUAAUCGUACAGAAACAAUAAACUAAGUGGAAGCAAUUGAGCUUAGAAACGCGAAAAAAUUUGUGUGGAAAUACAAUAGAAAAAAUAACAAAGAGUGAAAUCGAAUAUUUUUGAUACACAAAUUACGAAAACAAAGAUUUCGAGUUAAAAAUAAUUAAACAAAAUAAAGAGUACAAAUAAACAAAUUUUUUGGGCACACAAAUAUUAACAUAUAUAAAUAAUAAAUAUAUACAUAUACAGAAAUAAAUAUAAAUUGAAAGUAAAAAUUUUUAGUAAUUUUAUAAAGACAGCAGAAGUUUUGAUUCUACAAACAAAUAUCGCAAAAACAAAGGACGAACAUGGCAGGAUAUCUAGUGAAUUUCAAUCAGGAUUUUACAUCAAUCUCUAUUGUCAGCCAUGUCGGUUUUCGUCUUUACUCAAUUAGUUCCAGUGAUAAAAUCGAUGAAAUAUUUUCCAAGGACAAUGAAAACAUACGAUUGGUUGAGCGCCUAUUUAACAGUUCGCUGGUAGUACUGGUCACCGUACAAAAACCUAAUUGCCUGAAAAUGCUGCAUUUCAAGAAAAAACAAAACAUUUGCAAUUGCGUUUAUCCUUCAGAGAUUUUAUGUGUGCGCAUGAAUCGUCAUCGUUUGGUGGUUUGUCUAGCUGAGAGUAUACACAUACACGAUAUACGGGAUAUGAAAAUAUUACAUUCCAUUGAUAAUAUUGCACCCAAUGAACUGGGCUUGUGCACACUUUCAUUACAUUCACAUUUAGCAUUUCCAAUUUGUACCACAACUGGUGAAUUACGUAUCUUCAAUGCAAAUAAAUUACGGCCGGGCCUCACGAUACGUGCACAUGAUACCGCUUUAUCAGCAUUAAAUUUCUCGUCAAGUGGUACGCUGUUGGCAACUGCCUCAGAACGUGGUACUGUGAUACGAGUCUUCUGUGUCAAGAACGGUCAACGCAUACAAGAAUUUCGACGUGGUGUGAAACGAUGUGUGCGCAUCGCUUCACUUGUUUUCUCAGUCAAUGGAGACUAUUUAUGUGCUUCAUCCAAUACGGAAACAGUACACAUAUUUAAAAUUGAUGGAAAGGCUGUAGAAAUAGCAGAACAAAAAGGUAUUAUUAGAGUAACGAAAUCAAAUGAAAGCGAUUCAAAAAAAGGGCAGAAACUAGCAGAAGAGAAAACUUUACCUGCCACCUCUAAAACUGAUAAUGCUACAGCUGCAACCGCAAAUACUACUGUAAAUACAAAUACAAAUGAACCAAAAACGGAAGAGGCUAGUUCCGCUCAUAUGGCUGCCGAAGUAUGUGGUUGGUCAGGUUAUCUAUCAAAGGCUGUUACAUCGUAUUUUAUACCCUCCCAAGUAAGUGAUGUGUUGGCACAGGAUCGUGCUUUCGCCACAGCUGUUCUGGCACAACCAGGACUUAAGCAUGCGUUAGGCUUGGCUCGUGUACAAAAAGAAUUGAAACUCUUAAUUGUGUGUGAAGAUGGUUUCUUAUAUAUUUUCGAUUUUAAUAUCGAACGAGGGGGACAGUGUAAACUGCAGCAUGUUCAUGAUUUACGCAAUGUGUUAGAAGGAGUAGUUGAGCUGAAUAUAAAUGAAUGCAUAGAGAAAUUGCCUACAUCAAGUAUACCUACUAGUCCAGUUGGGGAAUCAACAAAAUGUACAAUAAAACAAGCACAAAAAGAUGUACCAAAAACUUGUGCUAGCAGUGUAAUAAUUGAAAAUCCAGAUCCUGCGCCUGAUAAUUCAUAUGCUGGCAUUCUGAAGGGAGAUCAAACGGAAUCAACUUUAACAGUAGAUUCUGCCAAAUUUCGUAAACUCUGUGAUGCUAUCGAUACUCCAAACAAACUCUAUGAUGAACGACAGUUUCCGCCUGUUGUGAUUGCAGCAAAAGAUUGACAGAAAUAAACCACACUUUCAUCAAUGAAUGUAAAAAGAAAAAAAUAAACAAAAUAUUGUAAAGUAAAUAGAAAACUAAAGUAUUUUAAUAA